UACUAAUCACGGCCUGUGCUCGAGGAUCGGGAGGGACGUGCUCACGGAAGGCGGCGCGUUCAUGCUUGUCCGUCUCGCCAGUGGCGAGGUGGAUGCGUUCGACAUGAGAGAAACCGCCCCAAAGCAUGCUUCUGAGGUAGAAUUGAUCACAUUUUGUGUACAAGGACAUGUAUGAUGGCAAUGCCGGUGCGAAAGCUAGCGGGGCGCUAUCUGUAGCGGUUCCCGGGGAGCUAGCAGGACUGGCGGAGGCACGGGAGGCUGCCGUGGAGGAGGCUGGUUGCGCCUUCCGCAGUGAUGGCAGAGAAGGGGUUCAAGAUAUCACCGUAUCUGCACAUGCAAAUGGUGAGUUCGGAGGAGAAUAUCAUGGCGGAUGAGGGGCUCUGCGGUGUGUUCACGAGGAACGGGAGCCUGUUGAAGGCGGGCGACGUUUGCUACAACAAGCAGUUGGUGAAGACGUUGGCUCUCAUCUCGAGGGCGGGGAUAAGGCCAUUUUACAACGGCUCGGUUGGGCUCGGCCUAGUCAGGGAUGUCAAGAAAAGUGGUGGAGUGUUGACUAUGGAGGAUUUGGAGGAGUAUCGUGUGAAAGUGAGGACACCGGUGAGGGCCAACGUCAUGGGACUCGAGAUCAUAGGCAUGCCCCCGCCUUCUUCUGGAGGCGCAGCUAUGGUUCUUGUGCUUAACAUUCUGGCGGGGUAUAAGGAUAGCUCGGAUAUUCCGACCUCCCUUAUGACUCACCGCCAGAUUGAAGCUCUGAAGCACGCGUUCGCAGUGAGGAUGAGCCUUGGCGAUCCGGAUUUCGUGCACGUUGAGCAUGUGUUGAAGGAUAUGUUGUCUCAAGAAUUUGCUGCAGAUUUGAAGAAGACCAUUUUUGAUAAUACAACCUUUAAUUCCAGCCAUUAUGGUGGAAAAUGGAACCAGAUCCAUGAUCACGGCACUAGCCACAUUUCCAUCGUGGACGGACAACGCAACGCGGUCUCCAUGACCACCACCAUCAACGCCUAUUUCGGCUCUAUGUUCAUGUCGCCAGCCACCGGCAUCAUCCUGAAUAACGAAAUGGAUGACUUCUCCGUGCCUGAAGGCAGCACGUCGCCUCCUUCUCCGGCCAACUUCAUCCGCCCCGGGAAGAGGCCAUUGUCUUUGAUGACGCCUACAAUCAUUCUCAAGAGUGGGAAAUUGAGAGCAGUUGUGGGUGCAAGUGGAGGAGCAAUGAUAAUAGCUGCAACAACUGAAGUUUUGGUAAACCAUGUAACAAGAGGGAUGGAUCCACUCUCUUCUGUUCUAGCUCCAAGGUCAUACCAUGAGUUGAUCCCGAACGUGCUACAGUACGAGAACUGGACGGUGCCAACGGGCAGCCAUUUUGAGGUCCCGGUGGAGACGAGGGCUGCUCUGGCAAAGAAGGGUCAUGUUCUUAAAGGCCUUGCCGGUGGCUCAAUAUGCCAAUUUGUGGUUCAACAACUCAAUGGCUCAGCCUCAAAUGCAGGGUUGCUUGUUGGUGUGAGUGAUCCAAGAAAGGGUGGAUUCCCAGCUGGUUAUUGAAAUGAUUCUACGAAUAUCCAACUUAUCCUCAUGUUCUAAAAAUAAAAGUAGAUCCAUGUCAUUUAAUAUUGAAAAUUCGGGUCUAACACCAAUUAAGAA